AGGUAGCUCCCCAUAAAUCAAACGGUCCAGAUUGAUUCAGAAAACUUGAGAAUCCUACCAUAACAAAUUCAAACCUAUUGUAGACCGUUGAAGAAUCAAAUUUCUCUCUCUACAUUCUCCCAUUUCUCUCUCCCCAAUCCAUCACUCCAUUUCUGCAAAUCUUCUCGUCCUCAUACUACUUCUUCAUCUUCACUGAUUUCACAGUUGCUGAUAUACUCACAAUGGACGUUCGAACCCUAGAAAAGCUAUGCGACAAUUUUGAUCAAGCAGUCACCAUUUCUGGGGACAAUUGGAAGGCUUCAACCAUUCCAAAUGGGGUUAAAGUCGACAGAAUUUCUGAGUCAGCGGAUGAGAGUAAUGGUUCACAUUCUACUGCAGAAGUAUGUCCAUCUCAAGAGCAUACUCUUCCAAUUCUUACAAAGAUUGAAGAUCUUAGAAACAAAGUGCUCGACUUGAGGAAAGAACAGGCAGCAUUACGUAAUGAAGUUAAGGGCAUGAGUAUGGACUCUUUUCCUGGUUCUGAAGCCUCUAACGCUCUUCAGCACAUGAGUGUCCAACAUGAACUUCUAAAAAAGAAGUAUGAUGAAGAGUGUGAACUGCUGAAGAAGAAGUAUCUGGAGGAGUGUACUGAAAGAAAACGUCUAUACAAUGAAGUGAUCGAGCUCAAAGGAAAUAUCAGGGUCUUCUGUAGGUGUAGACCUUUAAAUUCUGAUGAAAUUGCAGAUGGAUCAACAUCUGUAGUCGAAUUUGAUCCAUCUCAUGAAAAUGAACUGCAGAUCUGUGCAGGUUCCUCUAAGAAGCAGUUUAAGUUUGAUUAUGUGUUCAAACCUGAGGACAACCAAGAUGCCGUCUUUGCUCAAACUAUGCCCAUUGUGACCUCUGUUUUGGAUGGAUAUAAUGUCUGCAUAUUUGCCUAUGGACAAACUGGGACGGGGAAGACGUUCACCAUGGAAGGGACACCAGAAAAUAGAGGAGUCAACUACCGGACUUUAGAGAAGCUAUUUAGCUUAUCUAGUGAGAGAAGCAGUAUCAUGAAAUAUGAGUUGUCCGUCAGCAUGUUAGAGGUUUAUAAUGAGAAGAUAAGAGACCUCCUGAUAGAGAACUCAAAUCAACCAGCUAAGAAGUUGGAGAUAAAACAAUCGGCAGAGGGAACUCAGGAAGUUCCAGGACUUGUGGAAGCUCGUGUAUAUGGUACAGAUGAAGUAUGGGAACUUCUCAAGUCCGGAAGCCGGGCUAGAUCUGUUGGAUCAACUAGUGCUAACGAGCUUAGCAGCCGUUCUCACUGCUUACUGCGGGUGACUGUUGUGGGGGACAACUUGAUUAACGGCCAGAGGACUAGGAGCCACCUUUGGCUUGUUGAUCUCGCUGGCAGUGAGCGUGUGGGACAGAUAGCAGUUGAAGGUGAGAGGUUGAAAGAGUCACAGUUCAUAAACAAGUCAUUGUCUGCACUUGGGGGUGUCAUUUCUGCACUAGCCUCUAAGACAGCUCACAUUCCAUACAGGAAUUCAAAGCUCACUCAUAUGCUGCAGAGUUCUCUGGGAGGAGAUUGCAAGGCGGUCAUGUUUGUCCAAAUCAGCCCUAGUACGACAGAUUUGGGAGAAACUUUAUGCUCUUUGAAUUUUGCAAGUCGAGUCCGAGGAGUUGAACAUGGCCCUGCUCGCAAACAGACAGAUCUUGUAGAGCUCAUGAAGCAUAAACUACUGGCAGAAAAAGCCAAGCAAGAUGAGAAGGAAACCAAAAAAUUGCAGGACAAUUUGCAGUUUCUGCAGCUGAAGCUUGCUAGCAGAGAACAGACAUGCAGAAAUCUUCAGGACAAGGUUUGUGAUCUUGAAAACCAAUUGGCAGACGAGAGGAGAACACGUCUAAAACAAGAAAGCAACGCUUUCCCUGGAGUUUCUAGAGAGUUCACUACCAUAUCAGCUUUAAGCCAAUCACGGAAGAUCAUAACAGAGAAGAAACCACCACUGGCUCCUUCAAAAGCAUUGAGAUUUCCACUAAGAACCAGCAAUUUUUUGCCCCCACCAUCCCCUCUUCCUCAUCCAGCAAAAGCUAGGAAGUCAUUUGUGCCAUCACAUGGCAAGGAAAAUUUAGCAAGCACAUCAACGACAACGGCAAUUCUGAAACCAAGGCGAGGAUCUAUUGCUGUAGUUAGACCAUCACCUCAAGGAGCAAAGCAGGUUUUGCAGCCAAAAAGGCGGGCUUCUAUUGCAAUCCUUCGCCCGAGUCUAACAUAUCAACCCAAAAGGCGGGCUAUGCAAUGCUGAUGAUAUCACAUGGACCAUAGGGGAAAUGUUGUUAUAUUUAAAACCUUUCAACCUUAUGCUUUGUUACCAAUGUCUUGUAAAUGGAUAUCCACCGACUUGCUUGAACAUUGUGCUUUAUGAGAUUAAUGUACAAAUGGAACAUUACUGAUUGUGUGAGUAAAAAUUCACUUUGUUACAUAAUUAUUGUCAUUCUGCGUACU